AGCAGAAAUCUAACUGCAGCUCACGUUAUCACGGUGAAUAAUUGGGAAUAAAUCACUUAGAUUGUAGAACCUGCUGAGACGAGAGCCUUUUUUUACAUACAAGAGAAAUAACAUUUUUAUAAAACCAAAAUACUACAUAGAUAAAAAGAAAGAGAGAAAAGAAAAUACAAAAACAAACAUUGACACAAGUACAUACACAAUUCAAACUACAACACUAGGCUCUGUUGGAGUUUACUGGUAGUUACCUGCAUAGUAAUAGUUAGAAGCCUUCAACAGGACACUUCCUUCCUUUAAUCCUUUGAUAGUUUUCUUCUUUGUUCUCUUCAUAUACAGAUCUUAUAUCUCCCUCCUCAGCACAGAUCUAAUUGAGAUGGUGUCUUCAGCACAAGAAACUCCGCCAAACACUCUGUCAAAAUGUUUUCUGUGAGAAAACCUUUAAAAGCAGCAUCUUUGUUGCUCUGCAUGAUCAGUGUCUGCAGAGGAAGUUCAGCUUGUAUUCCAUCAUAUUACCAGGCAGGAACUGAGUGCUGUCCGAAGUGUUCACCUGGAGAGUAUGUAAGAGCAGACUGUUCGGAUGAAUCCAGCACUAAGUGUAAUCCCUGUGAAGACGGAACCUUCAACGAUGUUUUCAGUGGACUCAAACGUUGCUUGAACUGCACAAGCUGUGCUCCAGCUUCUGGCCUGAAGACAGUCAGUCCUUGCACAAGAAUACGGGAUGCACUCUGUGAACCUCUGGAAGGAUUCUAUUGCGUAAAAUCCAAAGGCUUAAACUGUGAAACAGCAGAGAAACACCGCCAGUGUAAACCAGGACAGUACAUCCGAGAUAAUGGAACAGCGUUGACAGACACAGUUUGCGCUGACUGCAGUGCCGGGACAUUUUCAGAUGGGACGUUCACCACUUGUCGGCCGCACACGCAAGUGUGGACGUGGGACGGGUGUGGCCUUGGACACUAGACAGAGGGGAGCAGACUGGGUUUGGACAAACAUCCAGAAAUGACUUUUUGGGCUUGGAAACUUGUCAAACUGACAUGGAAAAUUCAAGUUCUUUCAGUGAAAUAGGGUGUGUCCAUGGGGCCCGUGGAGGAUAAAGCGGUAGAAAAUGGAUGGAUGGAUAGUUUAGUAUUUGCUUCCUCCUGUCGUGUAACGAUAACUUGCUGUUUUCUUGCUGUAACCAUAAAUGAAGUCUACAAACACCUGUGGCUGGAGUCACCGUGGACGCUGGAGUCACCGUGGACGCUGGAGUCACCGUGGGCGCUGGAGUCACCGUUGAUGCCAAAGUUGCAGUAAUAUUUGUGGUUGCUGUCUUGCAGCAGGUUUUAAACUGACGGACAAAACAUUUUUCACAAAGACUUUUGUGAAAAAGCCCCAGUGAUAAUGCUUUACACACAGUCAAGGUGGCAUUUCAGGGCAGCUGAUGUUUUUUAUUUAUCAUCUCCUCAAACAAAAGUACGAACAAAACACUUUCUCACAGAACCAAUCUGAUGGCAUAAACAUAAAAGAAUAUAGACAAAUACAGUGCUUAAAAAAAAUGUAUUAGGCCACCACCCAAAAGCCACAGCUGCCCUAAAUUAGCAGCACUUGUAAUUAUCAAAAUAACCUUUUAUGUUUCAGUUUCCUCCUUAACCGGAUUUCUACUUUUAAUGCUAAAACGUAAUCAUUGUUACCCAUGGACUUUAAAAUGUACUGUUUCACAAAUAACAACCCAGAAGAAAUAGUAUUUCUUGAUUAAGGCGUCAAAUGAGUUAUUUGCUUCAGAUCCUGAAGAGAAAAAUGAGUUUUACUGUUUGAAUGUUAUAAUCUCACAGAGAAGAAGGCCCAGUGAGCCGUCUCAAAACAAAAAGGUUUCCUGUUUUCCUUUCACAGUCCACUCUUUCACUUCCUUUAUCCUGAAAAUGAUAGUUAAUGCUGACCACACCAAGCCUCAAACACUUUCACUUACAGUAUCAUUGUCCAAUAGUCUAAUAUUACCAUGGUGUAUGUGCAAAAUGUGCAUGUUCACACUUCCUUAUUUAACCAUUAAAAAUCUCACUGUUUUAAGUUUGUGCUGACACCUAAAACAACAACAAAGUGACUUCAACUUCUACCAAAAGAAGAUUAAGAUGUGUGAAGACUGUAGGCCGGACAAAAGUUCUACCUAAAAGUUAAAGUUUUAAAGGGAAAAACAAAAAAAACAAAGUGUCAAGCAGGACCAAAAGUGUUCAAAAUAGUAAUAACAAAGAAACAGCGGAAGAAAAUGAAGCCUAAAUAUGGGAAGGAAAAACUGUCCCCCCAUGGACUGAUUUAUUUUAUAAUGACUUUUUGGAAAACAAUCCUGAAACAGGUGCAGUAUGUGGACCCACAUGCAGCACAAUACAGCGCAGGACAGUUAGGAACAGUCUUUAUUAGAACCACAGCAUGUG